CGCGUGCGUCGAUGUAGCGUUCGCGCGCCUCAAGCUUGGGGGCGCGGUAGCCAGACUCGGCCGUUAGCGUCUCCGGCCGCGCUUCGGCUCCACUUGCCACGGCGGCUCAGCCGUCGUAAAGCGCAGCCGCGCCUACUGCUGCAAGGCGAUUUAUGUCGACUUUACGGCGUGUGGCCGUCCACACUCCUCCCGCCUGAAGCCUCGGCCUUCCAGCCCGGCCGAAACUGUGUCUGUGCGCUGCUCUUUCUAGCGCGCGCCGCCGGGCACUCGCUGGCGUUCAGGCACCCGGGACCUUAGGCGUCCGCCCGCCGCCGCCUGGCUCUUCCGCCCGCCUUGCUCCCGGCGUGCACCGCGGCGCGGCCAUGUUGCCGUAGUGUUGUUUUCUUCCUGCGGAGGCGAGGGUCCGCUGCGGACCGCGACGCGCGGGCCUCGCCUCUGCUCGCUCGCGGGCGCCGGCCCUCGCCGCUCCCCCGCCUCCCCGGCCCGCACCAGAGCCGUCGGCCUGCCAGGAGCUCGGGGGACGGCUGAAGGCCGGGCCCGGGGACCACCAUGGCGGCCGCCCUGGGCGCAGGCGGAGGAGCAGGCGCUGGAGAUGAUGACUUUGACCAGUUUGACAAGCCUGGUGCAGAACGGUCCUGGAGAAGAAGAGCUGCUGACGAGGACUGGGACAGUGAACUGGAAGAUGACUUGCUUGGAGAAGAUUUACUGUCUGGCAAAAAGAACCAGUCGGAUUUGUCAGAUGAAGAGCUGAAUGAUGAUCUGUUACAGAGUGAUAACGAAGAGGAAGAAAAUUUCAGUUCUCAGGGUGUCACCAUCAGUCUGAAUACCACCUCUGGCAUAGUUACAUCAUUUGAGCUGUCUGACAACACCAAUGACCAAUCCGGAGAACAGGAAUCUGAGUAUGAACAAGGAGAUGAUGAGCUAGCCUACCACAAACCUGAGGAACAAGAACUGUAUACUCAAGAGUACCCAGAGGAAGGACAGUAUGAAGGCCAUGAUGCAGAGUUGACAGAAGACCAAAUAGAAUAUGGGGAUGAGCCAGAGGAGGAGCAGCUGUACAGUGAUGAAGUGCUGGACAUCGAAAUCAAUGAACCUUUAGAUGAAUUUACAGAUGAAGAAUAUUUGCAGGCUUAUGGUGGGCAACAAGGGCUGCAAGUGCGGGAAGACUGUGAGGCUGAAGAUGACUUAGAUGAGAUUACUGAUUCCCAGGUUGCUUCUGAGACCCACGAGGGAGGAAUGGAAACCCUGGAACUCCAGAAAGACAUAAAAGAAGAAUCAGAUGAAGAAGAUGAUGAUGAUGAAGAAUCUGGACGAUUACGUUUUAAAACUGAAAGGAAAGAAGGAACAAUUAUUAGGCUUUCAGAUGUAACUAGAGAGAGAAGGAACAUUCCAGAAACUUUGGAACUUUCUGCAGAAGCCAAAGCUGCAUUGCUGGAAUUUGAAGAAAGAGAACGACAGCAUAAACAGGGACGCUAUGGUUCCCGGCGGGGAGGAAGGCGAGGAGGUUCUCUGAUGUGCCGUGGAAUGGGAGACCAGAGGCGAGACAACAGCGAAAGGGGAAGGAUGAAGGAGCACAGGCCUGCCCUGCUUCCUACACAGCCGUCUGUUGUGGCUCACUCUCCAAGAUUAAUCCCUCCUCCACAGCCACAGCCUCCUCCUCCACCACCACCACCACCACCUCAGCAGCAGCCAAUCAGAAGUCUGUUCCAGCAACAGCAGCUGCAGCCUCUACUCCCCUUACAGCAUCCGCAUCACCCCUCCCCACCACAGGGAGUGCACAUGCCCCCCCAGAUUGAGACUCCAAGGAUGAUGUUGACCCCUCCCCCAGUGACUCCUCAGCAGCCCAAGAACAUCCACAUCAACCCACACUUCAAGGGGACAGUGGUAACCCCUGUUCAAGUGCCCUUGCUGCCAGUUCCAAGCCAGCCGAGGCCUGCCGUGGGACCCCAAAGAUUUCCAGGCCCUCCAGAAUUUCCACAGCACACACCUGGACCUGUUCCCAACAGUUUUAACCAGCCACCUAGACUUCCUCUCCAGGACCAGUGGAGAGCCCCACCCCCACCUCAGGAACGAGACCCUUUCUUCUUAGGAGUUUCAGGUGAACCAAGAUUCCCCAGUCAUCUUUUUUUGGAACAGCGAAGUCCUCCUCCACCGCCGCCUCCUCCCACGCUCCUGAACAGCAGCCAUCCUGUUCCUACUCAGAGUCCCUUACCGUUCACUCAGCCUGGACCAGCUUUUAAUCAGCAAGGACAGCAGCCAGUGUUCCCUCGAGAGAGGCCUGUAAGACCAGCCCUGCAGCCCCCAGGCCCAGUGGGGAUCCUGCACUUUAGCCAGCCAGGGUCAGCAACUGCCAGGCCUUUCAUUCCUCCUAGACAGCCAUUUCUACCCAGCCCGGGACAGCCAUUCCUGCCUACACAUGCACAGCCUAACCUUCAGGGACCCUUGCAUCCUCCGUUGCCACCACCUCAUCAACCACAGCCCCAGCCGCAACAGCCCCAACAGCAGCCCCAGCAUCACCAGCACCAGCCGCCCCUUCAGCCUCCCCUCCAGCCUCCACACCAGCCUCCCCCACAGCAUCAGCCUCCCCCUCAGCAUCAGCCACAGCAGCACCAGCAUCAUCAUCACCUUUCUGCUCCUCCCCCUCCUCUGAUGCCCAUGUCUCAGCCGCAGUUCAGGCCGCAUGUACAGACUGCCCAGCCACAGCCCAGCAGCAGUCGGAUGCAGUGUACCCCACAUCAGGGGCUCCGGCAUAAUGCAGCAUCUCAGAAUAUAAGCAAACGGCCCAUGCAGCAGAUGCAACCCACUGCUCCCAGGAACAGUAAUCUCCGUGAACUCCCCAUAGCACCUUCACAUGUUUUGGAGAUGAGUGGUAACCGAUGCUCCUCUACACCUGUUGCUCAGGUGAAGUCCAUUGUCAACACAUCCCCACCUUGUAGGGCUGUGGUGUCUUCCAGGAGCUCACAGGGCAAUACUGAUGCAAAAGCCAAGCCACUUAGUCCUGAAGCUCAACCUAAGGAAGAAGCAAAACCAGAAGCAGAGUUUCCUGAUGAAGAUGAAGAGACAAGGUUAUAUCGCUUAAAGAUAGAGGAGCAGAAGCGCCUGAGAGAAGAAAUCCUGAAGCAGAAGGAACUACGAAGGCAACAGCAGGCUGGUGCCAGAAAGAAGGAGUUACUGGAAAGGCUUGCGCAGCAGCAGCAGCAGCAGCAGCAGCAGCAGCACCAGCCGCAGCAGCAGCAGCAGCAGCCGCAGCAGAUCUAUGGCUCGCAGACCUCCAUGGAACAAGAGGAACUGGCAGCUACACCAUCACCUACCAAUGGUAACCCAUUGUUGCCCUUUCCAGGGGCACAAUGCAGGCAGAAUGUGAAAACCAGACUUCUUGUUAAAAACCAAGACAUCACCACUGCUAGCGUUCAGCCCAAAGCGGUAAACUUUGUCCCACCUGGUGCUAACGUGCAGCAUCAAGGGCAACACUUGAGACCAUUGAAGCAUCUGCGACAGCUGCCACACAAAGUCCUUCAGGUCAAACCUAUGGAUAUGGAGGAGACCCCCCACUCCCCACAGGCCGCCAGAGUGACAUCCCUUCAGGGCCGGCCUCAGGACACCAAGCCAGGGGUGAAGAGGACUGUCAUGCACAGGGCCAACAGUGGAGGUGGUGGAGAUGGGCCACAUGUCAGCUCCAAGGUCAGGGUGAUUAAGUUGUCUGGAGGGGGAGGAGAGAGCGAUGGCUUUUCUCACACAGAAGGCCAGCCCCAGCGGCUUCCACAGCCUCCGGACAUGAGACAGCAGCCUACCCGCAAGGUGACGCUGACCAAGGGGGUUCCUCAGCAGCCUCAGCACCUUCCUGUGGGGCCCCACAUGUACCCGGCUAUUCCUCCAGGGAUUAAAAGCAUCCAAGGGAUUCACCCAGCCAAGAAGGCCAUCAUGCAUGGACGAGGACGAGGAGUGGCAGGUCCCAUGGGCCGGGGACGACUAAUGCCAAAUAAGCAGAACCUUCGAGUGGUGGAAUGCAAGCCACAGCCCUGUGUGGUGUCUGUGGAAGGUCUAUCCUCAUCCACCACUGAUGUCCAGCUGAAGAGUCUGCUGAUGUCCGUGGGCCCCAUCCAGAGUUUACAGAUGCUUCCCCAGCAGCGGAAAGCCAUCGCAAAGUUCAAGGAGCCAGCCCAUGCACUAGCGUUUCAACAGAAAUUCCACAGGCACAUGAUUGAUCUGUCCCACAUAAAUGUGGCCCUGAUUGUGGAGUGAUCUUGAAUGGAAAUAUCUGACCUCAUGCUGCACACACUGUGGAAUUUCUUCAAGGAAGCUGUAGGUCGGUGCAGGAUCCCCAGAAGUGCAGGUCUCUCCAGUCUGCAGUUUGCCAACUUGUCUGCGUGCCAGCCAGCCACAGGGUGAUUCCAGAAGAGAGCUAUUUAAACUGGUGGACAUGGGAUUGGAGUCUGGUGUUAGAUUGUUUUGAAUUCUGUUGUCCACAAGAACUCUGUUCUCGUGUUCUUUUGUUUCCGAGUGCUUAUAAUGCAUGUAGACCUUGUUCUUCGUGAUCCUGCUAUGUGAUUGGUCACAGAGUUUUAGAUUCAGGAAAGAAUGUUACCAGCUCAAAUUCCGAGGAUUUUUUUUUCCACAGCAAAGAAUAUUUGAUAAUGGUUGCACUUAUCUUCAGUACAGGCUAGAAAAGAGUUCUCAACCAGGCUUAACUGGAGUGGUCUCAGAAAGCCAUCAACAGGCUCUGGUAAAACAUAGGUAAAAAUGGGUGAUUAUGAUUGACACUCACCUGCCCUGGAAAGCCAGGGUGUGAGAUGGGUGUCUGGGAGUGGUGCCAUGGAAGUGGCGAUUCUGCUUCUUAUAAAUACCUCCAAAGUGCCACCUGUUUCAACAGAAACGCUCAGAUUGCUAGCUAGGCAAGCACUGGGCACUCCAGAGCCAGUGGCUCUGCCACCCUGCAGGCAGCCCUCUUGGCCUAGUUUUCCUGGCAUAGGGUGAGGCACAGCUUGAAAGGUGGUCAGACCUGCUUGGGCUUCUUUGCUUUUCAAAUGUCCUAGCUCUGUAGUUCGUGCUGUCAUUGGUUUGAUUGUCUCACUGUCCUUCAUUCAGGGCUCUGAGUUUCCUUUGGGCUGCCUUUCUAUCACAUUUGUGAAGGAUGGAUUUCUCAGCAGGGCUGAUGCUGCCCAAGAUAAGUAUAUCUGUCCACAUUAGUCAUUUUAGUCGAUUCCAACAGGUGAGACUUGCUUUCUACAAAGCAUCCCUUAGAAGUCCAUGCUGGGCAGACAUUGAACACAGUGCCUUAUUAUGUUUCUCCCUUGAAUGCUUCAGUGUUUUGAGUCAUACUCUAGAAUGGACUGACACUAGGACACACUCAGGACUUUUUUAGUUGUAUUUUAUACCUGUGAUUUUAUCUCACAUAUCUUGGUAGGAUGGAGGAGACAGAGGUCUGUUGUCAUCUACUGUCGCUGGGUAAUAAGGAGGGAGCUCUGGACUCAAAGCAGCUGGCUUCCACAGCUGAAGGUUUUACAUUACGUUUUCAAUUAAGUUGCCAACGUUUUAACAACUGGAGAAUGGUAUUCCAGGCCCCAAGAAACUUUGCUUAGGAUUGAUUCUGAGAUGACACUGUGUGCUGGCAAGGAGCAUUGGGGGGCACAGUUGUUGUUUGGUAUCCAGGCAGUUGAGCUGAGGCAUUCAUAGGAUGUCUUAGAAGACAUUGUGGUAUGGUGCCACCUCUGACCACACAGCCUCUGCCUCACGCCUGCUUGGUACACUAAGGGCCAGCCCUGCAGGGGCUGUACCCAGCUUGGCCUUAGCCCAUCUAAGUGCUGUCAACUGGUCUCCCACUGUCACUCCCACUCAUUUCAUUUGGACACAGGAAAUGUUGAUAGAUAUUUCGUUAAAUUGGUGAGUUUGGUAAUAUGUUAGCUCUCAUUGGACAAGAUAGACGCCAUAUAGGAGGCUGAGGGUUAGGACACAGUAAAAUGAAUUUAACAGUUUCACUGCUUUCUCAAGUAGUUUUGAGUGCUGGGUCCUUAAAACCCAACUAUGCAUUUUUGUCUGAAAGUAGGCACUGAAGCAUUGAAGUAAGGUAAGGAGACAUCCUCUUCGACACCGCUGUUGACCGAGGAGCUCAGGGCCACUUUGAGUGUGAUGAGAUACCCAGGAACACGUGUGCCCACAGCUGAAGUUUUACAUUACGUUUUCAAUUAAGUUGCCAACAUUUUAACAACUGGCACACACAUGAGCCUACACACUUGAGCCUACACACAUGAGCCAGUUUUUCCUUAUUGUAGUGUCCUGUGAGACAGACCAGCUCCAAGCACUGCUUAGAACAACGGCUCACUCUGACCUUGCUACACAUCCAUUUGGGGUGGACUAUCAGACCAGGCAAGCCAGUCCUAAAGGCUUCUGUGAAGGAAACCACAGAAAGUGAAAGAAGCAGAAUUAGAAAGAGCAUUCCCCACUUGCAGUGUCCUUCUCACAGGGAAGUCAGACGGUGGAAGAUCUGCUGCAACCAUUAUCUCUGUUCUUUGUGUAUCAUGCAUUUAAAAUGAGAUGGAAAAGCAUUAGCAUACUGUGUAAAUAUGGACCUUUUCAGAUUAAAACGUUAAUGGAAAUGCUUUUAACUCAAACAGCAACAUCUUAGCUAUUUGUUAGUUCUCUUUUGUUGUCUUAUCAAAGUUUAAUGGAGACACUUUCAUAAUUGUUGUUGUGUGUACAUUUGAUUUUCAUAAAGAUGGUAGUAAGUCAAUGCAUUAACCCUCAUCUGUGUAUUAUUUGUUCACAAGUUCCAGAGGUUGAAGGACUGACUCUCACAUCUGUCCUGAGGUAGAGAGUAGGGGUGGGGACAAGGUACUUUCCCUCUCUCUGCCUUGUUUAUUUUGUACUGUAAUGAAUGUGAGUCACUCAGCUGCUUACCUGAACAUAACCUUAUGCUGCCCUUGGCUUGGCCACAUUUGUUAAAUCCUUAUUAUAUUGAUACUCUUCUUGAGGAGGAAAUCUCACCUUUUCUUUUUCAAGAGAUUCUGAGGCAGUCCCCACCCAAUCCAAAUAGGUAGCUGCUUGUGCAGGUCCUGUGCCCAUGGCUUGCUGUGGAGGAGUGUGGCUGAUGGCCUGGGAGGUGGGUUUUCCAUAAUCAUUUCCAUUUGCUAGUUCUCAUGUGAUAUGCAACGGUCCAAGAUGGUUAUCUGAAUCAGGAUAGAACACCCAUUAGUCAUUUUCCCCCCACAAAGCAGCAUUCUGCCUGAAGCAGGUAGAAGGCUUUGCUGCUCAUGGAAGCUGGUAGGGAACUUAAAAGGCAUGGGAGGGAGGACUGGACAGUGGUCGCUCCGGUGGGUAAGGAGAGUCUUAUAGCAUGGAUUGUUAGUAAUGUACACCUCUGAUGGGACUCCAAAGGGUGGUCCUUCACUUAGGUGUAGAGCCCCACAGAUGGACAUGUGAGGGAAUUCUUGGGGUGACAUAAACUAGAUAAAGGGCCUUUCUUGGAGAACUAGGCUUAAGGAAUAUCCCUGUCUUCUGUCUUUUGGUUUUCGUUUGUUCGUCUUUUAUUUUCUUGUGGCAUUAUUAGGCAGGUAAGCUUGAUGUAGACCAUUGACUGACCCCAGUCAAAGAUAGGUCCUAGUGAUAUAAGAACACUAGCCCAAAAGGUCUAUGCAGUAGUUAAGUAGUGCUUUUGCUUAUUAUAGGGUGCUCUGAGGGUCUUCUCUGUGUCCUCUGACCCAAGACAAAAUGCACAAGUCAGGAAGCACUUCCUUGUGCCCGAGCUGUGGGCCACCCUGGGGGCGCUGUCGCUGCUGUUUCCCUGCCCGAGAAUCAGCUUGAAUUCCCACUUCUGCUUGUUGGCCCCAGCUCUGGCUUUGCAUCCUUACUCUCAUGCCCAGUUGCUUAGAGAGAACGGGAGAACAGGUCUAAGGAAUUGUACCUUGAUGUGCUCUGCAAAGGAGAUAACGAAUGGGGCGCAGGGUAGACAAGAACAAGACCCCUCCCCACAGAGGAAGCCACUAGGAGCUUAACUCAAUUAUGGGAGAACCUUAGACACUUCACCAAAUUCUGCAAUGACAGCUGGGGUAUUUUAAAGUUUAUGAUGAAGUAUUCUUUUUAUAUUCUUAAAUAUAAACUUGGAAAGGCAUUUAGCCUUGAUUUGUUAAAUCCUAAGGAUUUCCUGUAAGGUUUUUUGCAACCUAUUUAGUUUUUGUCAUUUAAAAUGCCUAACUUCUUAGGUACACAAACCCAUGGCUUUGUGUACUAGAACCAGAGCAAUCCACUGAUUCAUAUUGGAUCCCAAGUAUACCUCCUGCUGGUAUCAGGUGUCAGAAGGGACAUUUGUUAGAUGCCUUACUUGACCUUCCUAGGAACUGUUGAUCAGCUACCUCUUUCUGUCAAGUGUUGGUAGAAUGGGCUGAAAAGACAGGUACUUGCACCGAAAGAGCUCUUCUUUUCCCCUUAGAUGUACAGUAGGAGAGGUUGUUAAGUGUUCUCUCUUUGCUUCCGUUUACUGAGUUUUCAAAGGUUUGUGGGAAAAUGUAGGUGAUUUAGAGAGAACCUUGUGUAGUUUUUCUUACGACUCAGACAGGUGGGAUGGACAGACAGGUGCAUGUUACUGCGUUCUGUGUCGGAAAGUAUAGUAUGCUCUAAGCAGUAGGCCUCUUGACUUUCUUACAUGACUUUCUGCUAAACUACUUUUCAUUUUAAGGGCACACGCAGCAGAGGCUGGUUUGGAGACUAACACAUUUUGCAUUCUGCAUUGUUGUCUUAGAGCACACACACGUUAGACAGCGGGUUGCAGCCACCCCACACUGACCGGCCGCUGAGGAGCAGAUAACCACUUGUUCUUUACUUUUUACAGGUGUGGGAUCCCGAUCCUGAGCUGUGUCCUCUGUGAGGACUUCCCUCCCAGGCUUCAAUCCAGAUGUUUCGUUUCCAGGUGCAGCAGCGCUGCCUUGUGCUUUCCUGUGACUUUAAGAGCAUCUGAUGUUCUGUUCUCUUCUCCCACUACGCAACCCACUGCCCUGCCCUGCCCUGCCCUGGCGGGGACUCUGGUUCCCUCCUUGCCUUCUGCUUCUCUUCCAUCUGGUUGACAACACCUAAGGUGUUGUGACUGUUCCCCCACCCAGUGCAUGUUCUUUCCCUCCAUUUCUGUGGCUUCCACGUCUGCAGUGGCCACUGAUACUCACUUGAGUCAGGCUCCCUCUGGCAGGAGGGAGCACUGUGGAUGUCUGCGCCAGGGCCAGCCACAUGUGCAGUUUCUCUGACCCUUUUGCCUUGACAGGUCUCUCCUUGGGAUUUGCUCCUCCAGAACCUGAAUUGGAGAGCUUGACCUUUUGCUUGUUAUUUUGCAGUUUGAUUUUGGGCCUAAAGAUGCCAGUGCUUUUCAGCUGUGGUGUGCAUGUCAUUAACUACCCCUCUCUGUUUUUACCCCUCUACCUUUGCAGGACCCGGGUCAUGGGUCAGUGUUAGUGGUAGCGUGCUCUCAUUCGCUUGGAAGUGGUGGCCAUGUGGCCGUUAUACAGCCUUUGCUGAUAUGGCCCUCAUCGUCGUGUAAUGUUUGUGCACCUCCCUGCUGUGCAGGCAGCUUGGAGUGCAGGCUGUGUUGCUGGGAGUGCGCUGGCUGCUUAGAAACCACGAGACACCACCUCACUUUCCUCUGGCCUCACUGUUUCUGCCAGUCACAUGCUCUUCCUGUAUGAGUGACACUGCCGUGCUUUCCUCCAGUUAUCCUUUGCAUUAACUACGUGGGAACUCUUGCAGGCUAUAUAUGUGAAGAAUAGUUGUGAUGUAGAUGGAAAGAAAAUGUAUUAUUGUGUGUAUCAUUUGUGUGCUUUCAUAGCAAAAAAUGUGUUUCAGUUGUACUGUAACCAAAAAUUCUGUCAAUAAAAUAUUUGAGGUUUUCCUGGC